AUGUCACCAACCACUGUUGGCAGAAUAGUUCAUGAAACUUGUAAUGCUAUUUGGAACAACUUGUUACGAGAAUACGUAAAAACGCCUAAUUCUGAAACUGAGUGGGAAAAAAUUGCCUACGAAUUUGAAACCAGAUGGCACUCUCCACACUGUGUUGGUGCCAUUGAUGGUAAGCAUGUUCGAAUGUUUGCUCCAGCUCGAUCAGGAUCAAGCUAUUUUAACUAUAAAAAGACACAUAGUAUAGUAUUGAUGGCUGUCUCUGAUGCGAAGUACCGUUUUAUUCUGGUAGAUAUUGGUGAUAGCGGCAGACAAAGUGAUGGAAAUGACGCAUUUAGAUUGAAAAGACACAUGAUGAAGCCCUAUGCUUUUAAAAAUCUUUUAACAGAUAAACUUAUUUUCAACUAUACAUUUAGUAGAGCGCGAAGAGUUGUUGAAAAUGCCUUCGGUAUUGCAUCAAGUAGAUUUCGUGUUUUUCAUAAACCAAUUAUAGCUAAUGUUGAAAAUGUUAUUGCAAUAACAAAGGCUGAUGGACCGAAUGGAAUACAACUUGGUGAUUGGAGAAAAGAGGUACCUAGUGUUAAUGGUUUAGUAGUUAUAAACAAUACAUCAAAUAACUACUCUGAAACUGCAAAAAAAGAAGGGAUUCUUUUAAAGAAUUUUUUAAUCAAGAAGAGAAAAUAA